AUCGGCAGCGCGGGGAUUCAUCAGAAAACACGCAUAAGAUCUUUGCACGCGAAGAUUGCCGGAAAGCCCAUGAGUUGGUUAAAGUAUGGCAUUUGCUACGCGAAGUCUACGAGUUUUAUGCAAAAUAUAUAAUAGUAGCGCCAGAGUGACAUGUUGUACACUCCGGCGACCGGUUGCUCGAAUAUCGCUCGUUCAACUAACGCAAAAAUAUAAUACCGAGACUACAGGUCGUUCCAAAAUCACCAGUAAUCUAACAAACAUACAGUCUUCAAUAAGUGAAGCAGAUUCAUUAGUACAGGAAGCAGCAGCUCAUAAAAAGCAAGAUGAACAAACAAAGGAAGAAGAUAAGGCAAAUCGUGAAAGAUCAAAGAAAAUGAUGAAUUAUGGUUUUAUAGUCUUUGGUGUAUUCAUGGGUAUUGGCUUCACUUAUGUAGUAUAUGAAUUAGGAAGACCUAAUUAUGAUAAAGAUGGAAAUGUCAUCGAGGAUGAGUUUUCCAAUUUGCCAUUCUUCGAACAGAUUUACAAGAGAGUCAGGAGAGAACUCAAUUAUUAUACAAAACUUGUGCAGGAACCUAGUAGGGAAAAGUUACUUCCCGAUCCACUAAAGUAUCCAUUUAUGCAGCCGCCAUAUACUCUAAUCUUAGAGAUGACAGAUCUUCUUGUGCACCCAGAAUGGACAUACCAAACUGGAUGGAGGUUUAAGAAACGGCCUGGAGUGGACCAGUUUUUAGAAGCAGUAGCACCGCCGCAAUUUGAGAUUGUAAUUUAUACCGCUGAACAAGGAAUGACUGUGUUUCCUAUCUUGGACGCACUCGACCCACAUGGAUAUAUAAUGUAUAGAUUAGUCAGAGAUGCUACGCGUUUUAUAGAUGGACAUCAUGUUAAAGAUCUGGCAGCUCUCAAUCGCGAUCUCAGUAAAGUUAUUGUUAUCGAUUGGAACGAAAAGAGCGUGAAAAUGAAUCCAGAAAAUGCAUUCAGAAUUCCACGGUGGACUGGAAACGAUGAUGACACUACGCUGUACGAUUUAGCAGCAUUCCUAAAAACGAUAUCGACAUCAAACGUGGAUGAUGUGAGAGACGUUCUAAACUAUUACAGACAGUUUGGUAAUCCAUUGGAGACGUUUAGAGAAAAUCGUCGGAAAUUAUUGAUGCAAAUGGAAGAGGAACAAAAUAAGGCGCAACAAGGAAGUAGUCAAGUACUUACUUCGAGAUGGAAACCAUCUUUCCUACGAAACCGCUAGUCAAAGUGGAACGAAUUAUAUUGAAAUUUCGCGUACAUCUUUCGAGUGCAUGAUACAAACACGUGCGAGAAAAAAUUAUUGGGAGGAAGAUACCACUCGUUGUGUAAUUUUUAUCGUAAUAAAAUAAGUAAUAUUUCAAA